AUAUAAUCACAAUAAUCACGAAGGAGGCGCUCGCUUCGAUCCAUCCGAGCAAUCAAAGAUUUUCAUCUCCUUUCUCCAUCCUUAUAUACUAAUCCCUCGCUGUCGUUGCUGUCGCCCUGACACAUAAGAAGCAAGUCAUCUUCCUUUCCGACUUUGAUCCGCUCUGCGCCGUUUCUUCACAACUCUCAUCCUUGCACGUCAUCCCUCUCGCUUCGAUCAGACCGCCCUUUUUACCUUCGCCUUGCCUUCCUCGCCUUCUCGCCACGAAAGUCUCUCGCUCGCUCUCUCUCGCCUCUGUCGUCGCUCUACAUCUUUUCAUCACAUCGACAUGCACUCUUUGGCUCUUCUAAUUGGCGUGGCCAGCACCCUCGCCUCCGCCGCGGCCUUCCCUCAAGCCUACCAAGCUUCACAGCUGCUUUCGCUCAAUGCAAGGCAGGAACCACUUUCUAAUACGCCUUUGUAUUUGAAUGCCCCGGCAUGCGACUUUUACCAAUGCAGUGUCAAUCUUUCUGUCGGUGGGAAUCUCGCCGUCAACUGGCUCAACCCCCCAGCUGGCGAUGUCAACAUUGACCUGAUGGGAAACGCGUCCUCUUACGUCGCGCACCACGUUGCCACUGUCGCAAGCAACAGCGAAGGCGACCGAUGUGAUGCAGGAGCGGGUGUUGGUCAGCAGAACAACGGCGUCAAGUGUGGCCGCUACGAAUUCAUCAUUCCUAACGGCUGGGAGGGCAACUACACCGUUCGAGCGUCGCUGGUGCAAGACCCCAGUGUGGAGUCCUAUACAGACGUCGUACUGAUCGGCCCCAACGCCACUGCAACCAACCUGCCCACAACCGUCGUGCCGAUCAACGGAGCGCCAGCUGCGACGUCCACCGCUGCUGGAAACUCGAGCUCCUCAGGAAGCCCAGCAGCCACCAGCUCGAGUGCCGGUGCGCCCGCUGGUAGCGGUACUGGAACCCCACGCUCUGGCUCGCCUGACUCGGCCACGACGCUGGCUCGUAGCAUGGACCGCCACACUGUCGCAAUUGCUGCCGCAGGCGUCGUAUUUGGUGCCCUUGCUCUUCUGUGAUUCCCUAGUUGCUUCAAAGAUGACCUUAGCCGGAGGGAGCGAAAUACCUUUCCUGGCCACCGCCAAUCCAUCUUCAGCACUAAAAAAAUGCCAGUGCAUGGCGCCUUAUCUCCUCGAGCGCGGACAAUUCAUCUUUAUCAUUCUCCCCGCAUUCAUUCACGCUUAUCCACACUCAUUCAGCACGGCUCUCGCCCGCCCAUCGCCUAAUUGCACAUGGUGAUCGACGCCCAACGCAGGCUCAUCCCAAUUCAUCUCACAUACAUAGUGCUAAUCAUUGCAUGCUUUUGCUCCA